CUUCUACGGAACUAUUAUCUACAUGUACCUGCAACCAGGUAACAGUGCCUCCAAAGAUCAGGAGAUCAAGAAGGGAAGAUAAUGGACACAUCCAAUACCAGCUCAGGUGAUCAGUUCAUUUUGCUGGGCUUUUCUGAUCAACCCCAACUGGAGCCCAUUAUCUCUGUGACUGUUUUGCUCUUCUACGUCAUGACUCUCCUAAACAACACAGCGAUUAUCCUGGUGUCUUUUCUGGACAGCCGACUUCAUACACCCAUGUACUUCUUCCUCAGUAACCUCUCAUUUUUGGACAUCUGUUACACAACUAGCAUCGUUCCCCAGAUGCUGAUAAAUCUGUGGGGGCCAAACAAAUUGAUUACUUAUGUAGGUUGUAUUCUACAAUUCUUCUUUGCCUUUGACUUUGGUGCAACAGAAUGCCUUUUAUUGGCUCUCAUGGCCUAUGAUCGCUGUGCAGCAGUCUGCCAACCCCUGCACUACAUGGUUAUCAUGAAUCCACGGGUUUGUAAGAAGAUGGUAGCAGCAUCAUGGCUGACUGGUCUGUGUGGCGCCCUGAGUAUGUGCUCCUUUGCUUUUACGCUGCCGCUAUGUGGUCACAUAGUGGAUAACUUCUUUUGUGAGAUGCCUGCCUUUCUUAAGAUAGCCUGUGAGUACACCAAAGUGGUGGAUGUUACCAUUUACACACUUGGAGUAAUUUACCUUCUUCUGCCACUAUUGUUCAUUCUCAUCUCAUAUGGAAUCAUCACACAAGCUGUAACUAAGAUCAAGUCAGGCGGAGGAUGGAAGAAGAUGCUUAACACCUGUGGCUCUCACCUCACUGUGGUCAGUCUCUUUUAUGGCAGUGCCAUCUACAUGUACUUGCAACCAAAGAAAGGUUCCACAUACCAAGUGGAUAAAUUUCUUACCCUCUUUUACACCAUUAUCACCCCAAGUCUUAAUCCACUAAUAUAUACUCUGAGGAAUAAAGAUGUCAAAGGGGCAUUAAAAUGGCUUUUUAUAAAAAUUCAGAGUUCAGGGAGUUCCCACUGUGGCACAGUGGGUUAAGGAUCCAACUGCAGGACCUCAAGUCACUGGGUAGGUGGGAAUUCAAUAUCCAGCAUCGUGUGAAGGGUUAAAGGAUGCAGGUCACUGCUGUGGCUUGGA